AUGCCCCAAGAUCAUCACUAUGAUCCCAAAUGGUACACGUCGCCGGCGACAAUACCUUCUAUGGUCAGAUUGCGCGAGUUCUUCCUAGAUUACUUCACUCAAUUCAUCCUGAACGACCGUGAUGACACAGCCCGCGUGUUGCCGCUGAGCAAAGGAAAUUCGCAGACCAGUGAAAGCACUUCACCUGAUCCUCCGAACUUCGACACCUUCAUCAAGCUCCUAACCCACACUCCAGACUUCUUCUCGCGCGCGCAAGCAGUCAUUCCUGAACUAUCCCCACAAGCUUCUUUGAUCACAUCGACAUUUAAUCUACCGUUGCAGGCGGUACUAGAGGCAACAACGUUGCUGAGAUCACAGUCAAUCCAAGACCUCCCAGAAGAUAUCGUGUGGGAGAAGUUUCUUGAAGGUAAAAUGUUGGGCAUCGAUAAAUUGAAGGAAGGCUUCUUGCCAUCCGAGCUAGCCGCCAUGGAUCUUCAACAUGGAAGUCAACAGAGUACCCCUCGACCGCAACACAAGGAGCUGAUUGCAAAACCAGCUAGUAUGAAGGUCACGAUACCAGAAUUUGUUCCCUCUUCCCGCAGCCAUGAGAUGGUUUGGUCGCCAACAACCGGGUCGCGUCCUCGUCGACCCUCUGACGAUUUCAAAACGCAUGGAAGUCAACUUACAACUUUCAAGGAAACCAUCGCUGGAACUCGCCCACCAUCGACACCACGCCUCACGGACUUGAGGCAAGCAACGAGGACGCCGGUUGCGACCCUUGAGCCUUCUAGCCUGUCUCCACAUCGAUCAAGAUCCAAUCCUACCUUUCUGACUGGUCUCGCGGAUAGCCAGCCUGGGUCACGUUUUUCGAAUAGCCCACGUCAAUUUGCAGAUCAAGCUCACUAUCAUCCAAUUACUCAUCGAAAGAGUGAGUCGGCGUCUUCUGAUCCUACGUCUAUCAGCCCGUCCAAGAGGUCUGAAGUAUACCUACCUGCCAUGUCUGAUGAUCGUCAAGAUCAAUCACGCCCUGCCGAGAUCUUCGGCUUCGAUAGAAUUGGCCUGAACGUUAGCCGUACAUCAGCUAUUAAUUCGUCAGUCGACGUUGUUGGCCACCAGGAUCAAGAUCCUCAAUCCAAUGGCCGCGCAGGAUUCUCUCAUAAGAGGCAAGGACCAAUGAAGGCUGAUCAGAUUCGACAACUUCAGCUUCAGCAGGACCAACUGCCUCGGCUACCAGGAGCGGUAUAUUCACCUUAUGAGGGAUUGGACCCUUCUUUGAUGCCACCAACCCUCCUAACUGAUGAUGGCAGUGUGCUCACAGUUCCACUCCAGGGCAACAUGGACCCACUCACAUACUGGAACUAUCUCUUUCAACGUCAGAGCAUGAUCAUGAGCCGUCUGGCAGCGGGAGGGUUUGCGCCUACAGCAACGCAACGCCGAUUCAUCGACUUGCUACAACAAGCGCGCGUUCAUGCUGCAAGCAGCCAACUUCCAAUACGUGGAAGCAUGGGGAAGAAAGUCUGGCUGAACUUGCUGGAGGACGUCCUCUCCCAAAUUUGGGUCUUGCAACCAGGACAGCCGGAAUUUGAUCCUCUAGUGGUGGAGCGCAAGAAGGAUUUUAGGACCGCUGUCCUCCAAGCAAUGGAAAUGGCAAAAGCGGAACGACAUGAAAAGUCCGGGCGCGGACGCGGACGUGGGAGAGGCGGUCCCUAUGGAGGGUAG